AUGGGCGUGCGCAACUGCCUCGACGGCAAUAAUAUGUCAGGACAACGCAAUAUCCCCCUUGAACUCGGCGAACAGCCCGAGCAACCACCUUUGGAGGCCCCAGGGGCAGCUGCCCCCGGUGCUGGGCCUGGCGCAGCCGAAGAGAUGGAGACCCCACCGCCUCACAGCGAGCCCGUCCCCGUCGAGAUUGAAGGCGAGGACUGUGGACCCCCAGAAGUCUCCAGACCCAAGUUCCAGGACCUCAGCCAGGCCAUCAAGGAAGCCGGAGCCCAUGGAGGCUACAGCCCACCUCCUGAAGAAGCCAUGCCCUUCGAGGUCGAGCAGUCCAGCUUGGGAGGCUUCUGGCCUACCCUGGAGCACCCUGGAGACACCACUGGGGCCCAUGCCGGCCUUGAAGUCUUCAGCCCACCGAUCGUGGAGCCCAGAGCCUUCGGUGAGGCCAGGCCAAGCCUGGGAAGCUACAGCCCUCCUCCCGAAGAAGCUAUGCCCUUUGAGUUUGAGCAGCCUGCCCAGGGAGGCUGCAACCAACUUCUCUUGCAGGUCUCAGACCUCGCUCCAGGAGGCCCGGGUGCGGGGGUCUUUAGGGCUCCUCCCGAGGAGCCCCGGGCUCUCAGACCUGCAAAAGCAGGCUUCAGAGGAGGAUGCAGCCCUCCCCGUGAGGAGGAUGUGCCAUUUGAGUUUGAUGGAGCAGCCUUUGGGGACGACAGCCCACCCCCUGGGCUCCCCCAAGCUAUCCCACAAAUCGACGGCCUUGGCGGCAACCAGAUCGCGGCAGUCGCGGCCCCGCGUGCGGUCCUCCUCGCUCCCGCCGCGAACGAGCCCCCCCUCUGGGUCCCAGGCAUCAUCGGCAGCCCAUCUCGAGAGGCUGUCAGACCUCCUCCACACUUCGCGGGCAACAGCCCCCCGAUGGAGAUCUCCGGACCCCCGCGCGAGAUUGGCAGCGCCCCCGUUGGGGUCGACGACGCUCCCGUCAACGUGGACAGCCCCCCAAUCGCGCUUGACGGCCCGCCCAUCGAGGUCUCCCGAGCCCCAGUUAAGAGAGAGCAAGCAGAGGGAGAGAGACCCCCAGUUGAGGGAGAAGCAGCCGAGAUGGAAGGAGGCUCAGCCGACGCUGCCGCGGAGAGAGGCAAAGUCCCCGAUCCCGGAGACGGAGCCCCUGCCGCCGGAGCAGCCCCUGACGCGCCAGCCGCCGGGGCAGCCCCUGACGCGCCAGCCGCCGGGGCAGCCCCUGAUGCUCCUGCCGCCGGGGCAGCCCCUGCCGGCCCUGACACGCCAGCCGCCGGGGCAGCCCCUGCCGCCCGGGCAGCUCCUGUCGCCCGGGCCGCCCCUGUCGCCCGGGCCGCCCCUGUCGCCCGGGCCACCCCUGUCCCCCGGGCCGCUCCCGCCGCCUGGGCAACCCCAGCCUCUGGAGCCCGACCCAAGAUCAGUUUCCUUAGACCCCCCAGCCCCGAGAUCCAGGCUGCCGAUCCGCCUACUCCGCAGCCUCCUCGCGCAUAUGCCUGGCGGGGCAGGUCUGAGCGCAGCUGCUACCGCGGCCACGACGACGAAAUAUCGGUCAGCAGCGACAGCGGAGACGAAUCCGACGAUGGGACCUUCGGAUGCCACCGCUGGUUUCAGUCCAGGCGAAACCGCCGCCACCGAAAGACCCAGCGCAACUUGCUCCGCAACUUCCUCGUUCAGGCCUUCGGAGGCUGCUUCGGCAGAUCCGAGAGCCCCCAGUCCAGAGGCUCCCUCAGCCCCAAGGUCAAGAAGGUUGCCCUGGCGGAGAAGCGCAGACAGACCCACAAGGAAAGCGUGGAGAAGCGCGCCCAGAAGUGCGCAGAGAAGAAACGCAGCAAACUCAUCGACAAGCAGCUCAAGAACGAGAAGAUGGGCUACGUGUGUACGCACCGCCUGCUGCUUCUAGGGAGAAAAGUGGUGCCGUACAACACUGAGGGUCGUUUCCAGCUGGACAAACCAGCGCCAGCGACCGUAAGACGUCGCCGAGUCGUGGGGUGGGGGACGGCAAGAAAGGCGGGGGCUUCAGGUGCUGGAGAAUCUGGUAAAAGCACCAUCGUGAAGCAAAUGAGGAUCCUGCAUGUUAAUGGGUUUAAUGGAGAGGGCGGCGAAGAGGACCCGCAGGCCGCAAGGAGCAACAGCGAUGGUGAGAAGGCAACCAAAGUGCAGGACAUCAAAAACAACCUGAAAGAGGCCAUUGAAACCAUCGUGGCCGCCAUGAGCAACCUGGUGCCCCCUGUGGAGCUGGCCAACCCCGAGAACCAGUUCAGAGUGGACUACAUUCUGAGCGUGAUGAACGUGCCAGACUUUGACUUCCCUCCCGAAUUCUACGAGCACGCCAAGGCUCUGUGGGAGGACGAGGGGGUGCGUGCCUGCUACGAGCGCUCCAACGAGUACCAGCUCAUCGACUGUGCCCAGUACUUCCUGGACAAGAUUGACGUCAUCAAGCAGGCUGACUAUGUGCCCAGCGACCAGGACCUGCUGCGCUGCCGCGUCCUGACCUCUGGAAUCUUUGAGACCAAGUUCCAGGUGGAUAAAGUCAACUUCCACAUGUUCGAUGUGGGCGGCCAGCGUGAUGAACGCCGCAAAUGGAUCCAGUGCUUCAAUGAUGUGACUGCCAUCAUCUUCGUGGUUGCCAGCAGCAGCUACAACAUGGUCAUCCGGGAGGACAACCAGACCAACCGCCUGCAGGAGGCGCUGAACCUCUUCAAGAGCAUCUGGAACAACAGAUGGCUGCGCACCAUCUCUGUGAUUCUGUUCCUCAACAAGCAAGAUCUGCUCGCUGAGAAAGUCCUUGCUGGAAAAUCGAAGAUUGAGGACUACUUUCCAGAAUUUGCUCGCUACACUACUCCUGAGGAUGCGACUCCCGAGCCCGGAGAGGACCCACGCGUGACCCGGGCCAAGUACUUCAUUCGAGAUGAAUUUCUGAGAAUCAGCACUGCUAGUGGAGACGGGCGCCACUAUUGCUACCCUCACUUCACCUGCGCUGUGGACACAGAGAACAUUCGCCGUGUGUUCAACGACUGCCGUGACAUCAUCCAGCGCAUGCACCUCCGUCAGUAUGAGCUGCUCUAAGAAGGGAACUUCCAAAUUUAAUUAAGGCCUUAAGCACAAUUAAUUAAAAGUGAAACGUAAUUGUACACGCAGUUGAUCACCCACCAUAGGGCAUGAUUAACAAAGCAACCUUUCCUUUCCCUCAAGUGAUUUUGCGAAACCCCCUUUACCCUUCAGCUUGCUUAAAUAUUCCAAAUUUAGAAAGCUUAAGGCGGCCUACAGAAAAAGAUAAAGGAAAAAAAGGCCACAAACGUUCCCUCUCUCUUUAAGUAAGUAAAAUAACAGCAGCAAACAGAAAUAAAGAAAUAAAAGAAUAAAUGACAUAAAUGAAACAAAUGAAAUAAGUAUUGUGUUGUGCAGCAUUAAAAAAAUCAAAAUAAAAAUUAAAUGUGAGCAAA